UCGCUCGCGCGCGCAUGAUGCAGUUCACCGAAAACCCUCCUCCUCCGCCUCUCUACCCAACCCGCCCAUGGCCGGAUUUCCCGAACUCCGCCAAAUCGCUCGGAAGCUUCAACAACGCGGCGUGUAUGGAGCAGCUGCUCGUCCACUGCGCGCACGCCAUCGAAGCCAACGACGCCACUCUCGCACAACAGCUCCUUUGGGUUCUCCACAACAUCGCCCCUCCUGACGGUGAUUCCAACCAAAGGCUUACCUCUGCUUUCCUCCGCGCUCUGCUCCUCCGCGCAUCUCGCUCCGGCUCUUCCAUAUCCGCUCCGGCGACACCCCACCACCCACAGUUCCCUCUCCGUCUCUCAGCUAUAUCCCUCGCUGGCUUCAUUGACCUGACUCCAUGGCAUCGCUUUGGCUUCUCUGCGGCUAACUCUGCAAUUGCCGAUGCGGCUGAUGGAUUUCCUGUUCUGCAUCUGGUCGAUUUGACUACGACUCACUGUAUGCAAAUUCCGACGCUUAUAGACGCUUUAGCGUCGCGGCCUGAAGGUCCUCCUUUUCUUCGACUUACCUUACCGAGCACGCCGGCGUCAACUUCGCCGCCGCCGACGCUUGAUAUAUCACUGGACGAGCUGGGCUCCAGGCUCGUUAAUUUCGCGCGAUCCCGCAACGUCGGGAUGGACUUCCGAGUUGUUCCUUCUACGCCGGCCGACGGCUUCCAUUCCCUCCUUGAGUACCUUGGAGCCAACUGCAACAACGCCGGCGAAGCCCUGGUAAUAAACUGCCACAUGAUGCCGCACCGCAUCCCCGACGAAUCAGCCGGCGGGAUUCUAUCACCGCGAACGGUGUUCGCCAAGUCUCUUCGCUCACUGGACCCAUCGCUCGUCGUGCUCGUCGACGAAGAAGCCGACUUUACAUCCUCCGACGUCGUAACGAGGCUGCGCGCAGCGUUCAACUACAUGUGGAUACCGUUCGAUGCGGUGGAAACGUUCCUGCCGGCGGGGAGCGAGCAGAGGCGGAAGUACGAGGCAGCGGUUUGUUGGAAGAUUGAGAAUGUAAUAGCGCAGGAAGGAGUGCAGAGAGUGGAGAGGUUGGAGCCGAAGGGAAGGUGGGGGCAGAGGAUGAGGGCGGCGGGGUUUGUGGGGAUUGGGUUUGGGGAGGAGGCGGCGAUGGAGGUGAAGAGUAUGCUCGACGAGCAUUCGGCGGGGUGGGGGAUGAAGAGAGACGACGAUGAUUUGGUGCUUACGUGGAAAGGACAUGACGUGGCUUUUGCUACUGCUUGGGUUCCUUCGUCGGCCACAUCAUGA